CCUUUUGAGAAAAAUAAAAAUGGCAGAUUUAGUAGGAGCGUUUAAUUCCACGUGAUGACGCAACGCGUGGACGCCCAAAAAGCGGGUGCUCUUCUGUGCGGUUCAGUCCAAUUCCUUGUGAUGCGCCUUCAAAUUCCCAUGAAAAACUUUUUGAGAGAGUCGCAUCAGUAAUUUAACUGUAGAGAAAACUGGAAACCCCAAACACUUUUCUGCCUUCAUUUCUAAGACUCAUAAAUUAAUAAUCACAUCUCCAACUCUUCUCUCUCUAUCCUCCUCUCUCACACGAACUUCGCCCAGAUUUUUUCAGUUUAUUCACCGAUUCAAAUUUCUCUCACGUCUCUCCUGUAAUCGCACGGACUCGUUGGCAAUGACGACCAGGACUGUGAAAGUGAGCAAUGUGUCGCUGAGUGCAACAGAACAAGACAUCCAGGAGUUCUUUUCCUUCUCUGGGGUAAUUCAAUAUGUUGAAAUGAAAAGUGAAAAUGAGAGAUCUCAAUCUGCGUAUGUCACUUUCAAGGAUGCUCAGGGUGCAGAAACUGCUGUUCUUCUUUCGGGAGCCACGAUAGUGGACCAGUCAGUCACCAUUGCCCUUGAACCAAACUAUACACUGCCAGCAUCAGCAGCAGCAUCUACCGCAUCACAAGGCGAUACUGCUGCUGGUGGUGUUGCAGCUGCUGCGCAGAAGGCAGAGGACGUUGUUAGCGGCAUGUUAGCCAAGGGUUUUAUCUUAGGGAAGGAUGCUCUUAACAGGGCAAAGUCUUUCGAUGAGAGGCACCAACUCAUAUCAACUGCUUCAGCCAAAGUAGCAUCACUGGAUCAAAAGAUUGGACUGAGUGAGAAAAUCACUGUCGGAGCAACCAUAGUCAAUGACAAAGUGAAGGAAGUAGACCAGAAGUUCCAGGUCUCUGAGAAGACUAAGACAGCUUUUGCUGCUGCUGAGCAGACUGUUAGUAGUGCAGGAACGGCCAUCAUGAAAAACCGAUACAUCUUAACUGGCACUACAUGGGUUACCGGGGCUUUCAAUAGGGUCUCAAAGGCGGCCGGGGAUGUCGGGCAGAAAACGCUGGAGAAAGUGGCUGAAGAAGAGCAGGGAAGAAAUGAAGCUCAAGGUUACACUCAGCUUCACACAACUGAUUCACCAAAAGCUGCUCCAACUACAACUCCGGCUCCAACCACAACUACUCCGACUCCAACUCCAAGCGACAAAAAACCAGACUCUCCGAAGGGCUUGAUUCUCUAAAUUAUAUGAGGUGAGAAUAAUUUGUGUAUAUAAUACAUGCUUGCGAGGCUGAAUCGUUUACCUAGAAACUAGUUUUCCGUUUGAAUAUUUGGUUAUUGCCUUUUGAAUAAGAUGUGAAAUUACUUCUA